AUGCCGAGCGAGCCAGGCACCCGUCCGACAGCGCCACGUCGGCUCGACCCAAAUCGGCCCGCCGUGUGCCGCCACUUUCGGAAGGGCCUGUGCCUUUACGGAACUCGCUGCGCCUUCUCGCACUCAGAGCCGCCGCCGCCGCCACCGCCGCCGCCACCACCGCCAUCAGCCGACCUCGUCGAGGCUCAGGCGCGCUACUCGGUUCUACGCGACCGCUGCAAGUCGCUCGCCGCCUCCGGCGCGCCGCGCGAGCAUCUCCUCGCUGCGGCUGCGGCGCUUCGGGAGCAGGGAGAGGCCGUGCGGGCGUUGCGGCCUGCCAAGUCCGCCUCGCGCUUCACGGAGCGGCCGCGGGUGCGGAACAAGGAGCGCGCGGGCGCGCUGCGCCGCUUCCUGAUCGACACCUACGGCCUCGAGCGUACAACCGCCCGGCCGGUCGCCGAGGGCUCGACGGGGGUGGCGGCGGUGGUGGCGGUGGCGGUUGCGGCGGCGGUGGUGAUGGCCGCGAGGGCGGUGGCGGCGGCGGAGAGGGCGGUGGCGGUGGCGGAGGUGGCGGCGAUGGCGGUGGCGGCGGCAAGCUGCCUUCGGACAUUGAGGCACUGGCCGUGCCUGUUUGUGGCCUCGCUGUGGGAGGGGCUGCUUCCCUUCUUGGCCGAGCCAAGCCCCUGCGGCGAGGGGCCGGUGGGGGAGGAGGCGGCGGCGGCGGAGGCGGCGGCGGCGGCGUCCUCGCUGCGGUGGACCGACAAGGGGCUGGUGGCGGUGGGGGAGGGGGGGGAGGAGGAGGAGCGAGGCGAGGCGGCGGGGGUGGGCCCUCAUAGCGGCCAGCCGGGUGCGGCCGAGGUGUGGCGGACGCUCGUGCACUGCUCGGCGGUGGUGGGGAUGCACCCCGACGGAGCGACGGAGGCGAUCGUCGACUUUGCGCUGGCGGGCGGCUGUAGGCCGGCCAGCGGCAAGCCGUUUGCCGUGCCCUGCUGCGUCUACUCUGCGUACUUCCCCACCCGCAGGGACAAGCGCGGGAAGCGAGUCACCUCGUACACCGCCUUUGUCAAGUAUUUGGUCGACAAGGCGCCCGGCCGCAUCGGCACGAGGACGUUGCCCUUCGAAGGGAAGAACAUCGUCGUGUACUCUCUGCCGGAGAGCGGCGGCGGCGGGGAGGGGGAGGGGGCGAUGUUGUGCGAACCUUGCGAGUGA